AUGCUUGGCGGUGGCGGUUGCACUGGGGGCACUACACAUAAGAUAAGAGAGCAGUUAAAUUUUUCAGACGAGAAGAAGUGGAAACAGUUCUCCGGGAGAAGACUGGAGUUGAUUGAUAAAUUUGGACUCAGUGAGCGGAAGGCAAGUGAGCAGGAUGAUAAUAUCAAACAGAUUGCUACGAUUCUGAGGACCGAGUUUGGGUAUCCGAUAGAUACAGCCGGGGAGUUUGAGAAACUUGUGACUGCAGCGGUUCAGUCCGUGAGGAGGAACCGGAAGAGAUCCAAGAGGAGGCUUCCUGGCAGGUCUCCGUCGCCGUCGAGUCUGCCCUCUCCGGUGUCCUGCUCGUCGAACCAAGCGGCGGUCUCGGCGUCGGAGGAGGACCUUGGCGUGUGCGGCACCAACUCGCCUCCAAGCUUGGCGAAGUUGGUGCCCAACGGGCACGUGACCAUGAGCAAUCUAGCGACCAUUCAGCCCAAGGCGUUGCCGGCGCCGACUAUGGGGCCCAGGCUGCCCAGUUGCGUGCCCGUGGUUCAAUCGCAGCAGCGGUACAACGAUAUUGUCAAGGGCAUUAUAUCGGAUCUGGUCAGCAACGCUGUUCCGCUGGCUGAGCAAUGUCAGCGGGACCCAUCCAACGGUCCGAACCUGACGGACUUUGCGCUGUCUUCGAACGACCAGACGCUGCUGUCGCUCGGACUGCAUUCUGAUAAGCCGGCAGGUGGGAGUAAGGCCUCGUCAGACACCACUAUUCCGUUUUUCUUAAGAGAGAAGCUUCUUUUGCAGAUCCAGAGGUCUGGGACGUGUUCCAAGAUCGCCCAGGGAUCCAUCGACAUGUACUCGAAUCUGGAAAUCUUGGGCGAAAUGUCCAUCAAGUCGUCCGUGGCGUUUGUAAUCGAGCGUUUUUUCUCGAACCUAAUGCCUUCGUCAAUGGAGUAUAUCACUUCCAAGACGUACUCGGAGGAUUCGCUGGCGCUGCUGUCGACAAAGCUUUUCGAUGCUGCUACUAGAAGGAAGCUUUCGCAGCUGCCGGCGAGGGAAGUGCAGUUGAAACUGCUGCUUUUGGUGAUGGGAGGUAUCGUGAAAGAUUUCGGGUUCGAUCCCUGUCUGUAUGCGUUAAGCGAGGUGAUUCAUCAUCUCGUGAUGAACCAAUAUCCAUUGCUGUACAAUUCUGAAAACAUAUCAUCCGUGCCAACAAAUGAGAGAACUGCAGUACUGUCGUCGCUUUCGAUGAAACCACAAGUUGCUAACCAGGACGUCAACAAACAAGUUAUCUUGAAAUUCAAGGAUCGAGAACAGCUCUUCACUUUCCACGUAUUAAGCAAUGGACCUCCAACGGUGAAUGAAAUCUUGGAAAACUCACAGUCUUUGUUCCGCAUUGCAUCGAGAACUCAGAUGCUGGGUCUUUUCCACAAUGGCGCUCUGUUGAGCGAUGAUUUCCAAUUAGCGAAGCUGUUCAUCAGUUUGUCCCAUGACUGCAUCGUGUUGGAAGUGAGAGUUUUGGAUGAUCAGAACUCGUCGCCAUUGGAUGGACUGAACAUUCUGAGCACUGCAUCUUUGCAGGUCAAGAAAGAAAGUCCCACUCCGCCCCCUACUACGAAGUCGUCUAGUGUGAACUUGCUGGAUAAAAUCAUCAACAAGAUCAAUAAAAACCCGAAUGGUGAAGCGAUUGACGUUCCAUCAGUGGUUGGUACCGGUAGCAAGAAAUUUUUUCAGGACGGUAAUCUGCCACAGCCGGUGUUCCAGCCAUUAUUAUAA